GAGUUCCGUAAACGUAACUAUGGCUUGGACUAGACCUUCACUACCAGCUAUUCCUGUCGUUUGGCACACUUUCAGGGCCAAGGAUGGCGACGGCAGCGACGGUCGCAUCGUUACGUAUUACGUUCAGGAUUUAACCGAAGAUCGGUACGAAGAUAUGAUCGAGCAUUUUCUCGGUCACUUCAUCGAGGAGGAGCCAAUGUGUGUGAGCACCGGGGUGCCAAAGGAUGAGGGAUCGCGUUCCUCAUUCGUCAGCCUGUGGAGAUCGAUUCUAAAGGAAAAAAUGACUCUCGUUUGCUACAAGGAAGGUUCAGAUGAGAUAAUCGGUGCAAAUAUUAUUGCUGUGAAGAAUAAAGACAACUAUUUCGAUUUUAAGAUGAAAAGCGAAAAGCAGGGCAAUUUGUUGAACAUCGUGGAAUAUGUUUCGAAACAAUUUGACUUCUCCGAACGUUAUGGCGUCGAAAAUCGCCUGGUUGCGUACGGUCUGGCUGUCAAUAAACGCUACCGGGGACGAGGAAUAGCGACGGAAAUCCUAAAAGCGCGAGUUCCGAUGUGUAAAGCCCUUGGGAUAAAACUCGCUGCUCACCCGUUUUCCGCUAUCGGAUCGCAAAGAGCAGCGUCGAGCGCCGGUUACAGAACGGACUACGAAAUAACAUAUGACGAUCUCGCCAAAUUGGGGUCCGAAUACACCCUGCCAGGGAUUAAAUCGAAAAGUUUCAAGCUUAUGAGUUUUCCGAUUGAGUGAGUGUUGAGAAUGGGAAGUUCUACUGUUAUUGCUUAGAUUUAUUCCGACACGGCUAUAGCAAACGACGAAUAGUGCUUUAGAAAAAAGUAAUUAAUAUUAUAUCGUGAAAUUAGAAUAAAAUAGAAGAACAAA